GAGCCCGUAGAGCGAGCUUGUCCGCCAGCAUGGCCGCGUCCAGUGUGCUCAGACCCGGCUUGUUCAAGCACAGAGUCGCGGUAGUGACGGGAGGGGGGACCGGGAUCGGGAAGGCCAUCUCCGCGGAGCUGCUGGGGCUGGGCUGCAGCGUGGUGAUCUCCAGCAGGAAGGCGGGGAGGCUGGAGGCAGCAGCCGAGGAGAUGAGGCAGCACAUCCCUGCUUCCAGCCCUGCGACCGUCACCCCUCUACCCUGUAACAUCCGCAGUGAGGACGAGGUGAAGGCUCUGGUGUCGUCCGUGCUGCAGCAGUUUGGUCGGAUUGACUACCUGGUGAACAACGGAGGGGGUCAGUUCCACAGCCCUGCAGAAGACAUGUCCUCCAAGGGCUGGAAGGCUGUGGUAGACACCAACCUGACGGGAACCUUCCACUGCUGCAAGGAGGUGUACACCGCGUGGAUGAAGCAGCAUGGAGGGGCCAUCGUCAACAUCAUCGCUGACAUGUGGAAAGGCUUCCCAGGCAUGAGCCACACCGGCGCCGCCAGGGCAGCCGUGGAUAACCUAACCAAGAGUCUGGCCAUCGAGUGGGCGGCCUCAGGGGUCCGGGUCAACGCCGUAGCACCGGGAACAAUCUUUUCCAAAACUGCAAUGGAGAACUACAAAGAGUUUGGAUCACAUCUCUUCAAGAUGUCCAUUCCCUUCAGUCCUGCCAAGAGGCUGGGACUACCUGAGGAGAUCUCCUCAGCGGUGUGUUUCCUGCUGUCUCCUGGAGCCUCCUACAUCUCUGGAGCCACGCUCAAGGUGGACGCAGGACAGAGUCUGUACCGCUCAAUGUGGGACAUUCCGGAUCACAGCGCCUGGCCCGAGGCGCCGGAGGGUGAAAACAUGGACGGGAUGAAGGAACUACUGAACCCACGAAGCAAACUCUGAUUGAAAUCUGUGACAUGUAAACUACACAAAACUCUCAGCCAAUACGUGUCAUGGACACAGACGCUGGUGCCUGAUGCUUCUGCAGCCCUGCAGACGCUAAAUACUGCACUUCCUACACUCUUUGAUUCAUCCUAACAAUUCUGUGCAAAAUCAUAUGUAUUUAGUAGCAAAGCAAGUCCAUAGUGUCCUAAAUAAUCGGUGACGUUAACAGUUGAAAUGUCAUCAUAAUUUUCUGUGUUAGUAGCUCUAACUCAGGGGUCGGCAACCCAAAAUGUUUUAGAUCCAUAUUGGACCAAAAACACAAAUACAAAUAUGUCUGGAGCCGCAAAAAAUGAAAAGUCUUGUAUCAGCCUUAGAAUGAAGACAACACAUGCUGCAUUUUUCUAUAUUAGUUAUAACUGGGGGAAGAUUUUUUUUCAAUAUGCACUUCGAGAAAAAAGUUGAAAUGUUGAGAAAAAAGUCUAAAUUUCGAAAAAAAAGUCAAAAAUUCGAGAAAAGUUGAAAUGUCGAGAAAAAAAGUCAAAGUUUCGAGAAAAAUGUAGAGAUUAAUGUUGAAGUACAAUCUCCAGAAAAAAGUCGAAAUGUCGAGAUUAAAAAGGAAAGGAGAAAGGAAGAGAAAAAAGAAAAAAAAAAGAGUCGAAAUUUCGAGAAAAAAGUUGAAAUAUCGAGAUUAAAAAGGAAAGAAAAAAGUAAGAAAGAAGAGAAAAAAGGAAAAAAGAAGAAAAAAAGGUCAAACAUUUUUUGAAAAAGCUCCAGGAGCCACUAGGGCGGCGCUGAAGAGCCGCAUGCGGCUCUAGAGCCGCGGGUUGCCAACCCCUGACCUAGAGGUAAGAACGCAGUUUUUUAUCCAGGAUGAUUUGGCCCGUGAUUUACAAAAAUUAAGCUUAGCUGGGACUUUGGAUUGAAUUCCUGCAGCAGUGAGAGACAUGCACAGCGGUGAAGAGUUAGUUAGCUGAUCGUGUCAUUCUCUAUACGUUGGAUGGUUCAAAUGUCUGUGGAAAAAUGAUGGAGCACUUACAUGCCUUACUCUGAUAUCUUGUUUUUCUUUAACAUCCUUAGACCUGGCACAUUUUUAUUCUUGUUGAUUUGGCUCCACGUUAAGAAAGUGAAUAUUAUGACAGACAAUUAAAUGUUGGAUUAACAUGUGUGUAUACCAGAUGUUAGUAGUAGUACCACGUUGAUGUAAUAUGGUAGAAAGUUAAACUUUGUACGACAUCAUAAACUGUGAGAUUUAUAUUUUUUAAUUAUAAGGUGAUGACAAAGUUCUUUAUUAAAAUGAUUGUGUUGAUUGAA